AUGAAAACUGGUAGUUUGUCCACAGGUAUUGAAGAUGUCCAUCGAAAAAAAGUUGUUUCUGACGAUGGGACAACAAGGGUUUUCCCUUGUUUAUUUUGUUCGAGAAAGUUUGACAGUUCUCAAGCAUUGGGAGGCCAUCAAAAUGCUCACAAGAGAGAAAGAAGUGCUGCACGGAAGGCUAAAAGGGCAUCAGAAUAUGGACCGACCGGUAACUUGUCGUCUUCGCCGACAUUACCGAUUGUUUAUGCACCGGCUGCAGCGAGCCACCAUUUGAGUUUCUUACACCCUCCGAUGUAUAUAACAGCUCAUGCUGCCAACUUCCGUUAUUUCCCGAAUCAUCACCAUUUAUCCGACAUGUUUGGGUCGAAUGGUGCGGCCAGGUUUGGUAAUAAUGGUGGGUUUUAUGGUGAGAGUAGCAAUGGUUAUUGCCAAAAUCAUCAAGCUGAAGAGGACGAGCAAAGUUGCUUCGAUUGGCAAAGGAGCAUAAGGUGCAACGGUGACUUCAGUACUCAACAGCUAGCAAUGGCGGACAAUAAUAAUCAAGGCAUUGGAAGGGUUGAUCGUAAGGACAAAGAUCAAAAGCUUGACUUAUCUCUUCGUUUAUGAAUCAAGAGAGAAUGAGGAUUGAUUAGCAAUUUAUUUUUUUGCUAGAGCGUAAUUGCUAUUGUUUUUGCUUUAA